UUAUGAUUGGCAUUUGGCAGCCACCAGCACUGGUUUUUGACCAUAAAUAAUUUGAAUUGGUUCUGGACCGCCAAUUCAAGGCACCCCUGCAAGUACCCCGAGGCACCCCAGGGUGUCAUGGCACACAGUUUGAGAACCACUGACAUCAAAGUAUUAAGUCAGAGGAACAUAUCCCCAACUCCACACAUAUGUGACGCACCACAUCAAGAACCUACUGCCAUAUACUCCCCAUCCCACUGCUUCAAAGGAAUGAUGUUGAGUCAUAACCUGAGUUUAGCAAAGAAUGUGACCGAUAUUCACUCUGCAAGUCUGGGCCUGGUCUUAGGGAGCAUAUCCUUUCUUACAGUUAUUAUGAACAUUCUAGUCUUGUAUGCUGUGAAAACAGAACGCAAGCUUCACACUGUUGGAAACCUCUACAUUGUCAGCUUGUCUAUUGCUGAUUUAAUUGUGGGUGUAGCUGUUAUGCCGCUUAACAUUGUGUAUCUCCUAAAUCACGAAUGGAUCCUUGGAAGGCCAACAUGCCUGUUCUGGUUAUCCAUGGACUAUGUUGCUAGUACAGCCUCCAUCUUCAGCCUUUUCAUUCUGUGCAUUGAUCGAUAUCGCUCCAUCCAGCAGCCACUACAGUAUUUGAAGUACCGUACAAAGACCAGGGCUUCUGUGAUGAUUACUGGGGCCUGGGUCCUGUCAUUGACUUGGAUUAUUCCGAUUUUGGGCUGGCAUGUUUUCGCUAAUGGUGGAAUAAGAUCAGUACCGGAGCACACAUGUGAAACAGAGUUUCAUAAAGUGACUUGGUUUAAAGUUCUCACAGCCAUACUGAAUUUCUAUAUUCCAUCUUUGCUCAUGUUGUGGUUCUAUGCUAAGAUUUAUAAGGCUGUAAGAGAACAUUAUCAACAUCGGGAGCUCAUUAAUGGCUCCUUCCAACUGUUCUAUGACAGUAAGCUUGUCCGGAAGGUGAAGGUGCUCAAGAAACCAAAGGACUGUGCAAAGACACAAUGCACUAAUGGAAAUCUUAUGGUUCCAGAAACAAACUUUCACAGUCAUUACACUGCAGUUUCUAAUGUAUUUGCUCAACAAAAAAUAUCACAGAGACAUUUCCAAAUAGAAGACUUUGAGACUCAACAGAGAUUUAGCCCAUGUGACAAUAAAGUUGUCAAGUUGCACUGCUUCCCUCUUACUAUUAUACAGGCAAACCCUGAAGAGUGCCGAAACUAUGUCACUGUCAACAGAAAUACACUGAAAGAACAAUGCCCAGAAAACCAGGAGGUGACGGACAUAUCCGAAGAACACACAUUUGCCGAGCCUGGUUCUUGUAUCUUGGAUUCAAGUCAGGUGGAAGAAAACAACAUGGAGACCACAGAGAGCACGGAAACCUGGCUCUCAGGGAAUUUCAGCUACCUAAAACAUACAUGGCAAAGGUUUCGCUCGCAUUCCAAGCAGCACAUCCAAGGACUUCACAUGAACAGGGAAAGGAAAGCCGCCAAGCAGUUAGGUUUCAUCAUGGCAGCAUUUAUGAUGUGCUGGAUCCCGUACUUUGUUCUUUUUAUGGUCAUAGCAUUUUGCCAAGACUGCUUCAACCACAACUUUCACAUGUUUACCAUUUGGCUUGGUUAUGUCAACUCAACUCUAAACCCUUUGAUCUACCCACUGUGUAAUGAGAAUUUCAAAAAGACAUUUAAGAAGAUAUUUCAUGUCUGGAUAAACUGUGGUGCAUGUAAAAAAAGAAAAGUGUAACAAUAAAUGAACUCAGAAGUCUUGGAAGUUAUCUGUUACUUCCACUCAUUUAAAAGAACAAACAUUAAUUUAAAAAACUAUUCCUUUUUUUAUGUUCCUUGGAUAUUACACUGUAAAUGGACUGUGCUUUUGAUGUCUUAUUCACUGUUAUAUUUUUAAAAUAUGAUCAUUGUAAAUAUAAACCAAGUAAUGUCUCGGAAAAUGAUUUAAUACACUGGAUAAGAGUGGAGUGAUAAAACAAAGGCAGUUUCUGGCAAAGGCUGACCCCCUGAGACACUAGAGAACAAGAUGAAUUCAGAUUUGUAAAUGUCUACUCUGUAAAGAUAUUAGCUGAAUGAAUUCACUAAGGUGUAACCGUGAUGCCAGACAGACAAGAAAAUACACUCUGGGCAAGCCUGUUGUGUAUGUGUUUCUCUGUGCAUUUGUGUAACAAUUUAACAGCUACCAAUUUUAUGGAAGUAAACUAUCAAGAUUAAAUUGGGAAAGUGAAAUUUAAUUAAAACUUGCAAUUUAUCCAUUUGGAUAAACUUUAUAAAGGACCUGAAUAGUUCAGAUAUUUAUUGAUUUUAAUUGGUCCUUCUUUUUAGUUUGUUGCUGUAUAAGGAGUGUUUUUAGCCACAAAAUAAACUUCCUUAUGAACUUCAAUAGCAAUAGUAACAUCUGCAGGUAUUAAAAAAAGAAAGAGAAUAAUAAUAAUAAAAAAAUAAUGGUGACCCUAUAGGCUGUGAUUCUGACUGCUACAGAUUGCAACUUAGAACAUCUGAUCCAACGAUGACUGAUCUGAUCACAUUUGUGGUGGUUAUCCAAUCAAAGUAAAUGAGCAGAGUAGGAGCCACUAAUUUGUUUCCAUAUUGCAGACAGCCGUAUCAUUCAAUCCUACCAGAUUUGUGAGGCCCUACUGUAUAUAGAUCUGGCUGCGUAAUACUCAGAUCAAGUGGCCACAUCUACCUACUGUAUGUAUGGGAAAAGGGCAAGACAACAAAACAAAAAACAGAACAAAAUGUAAUUAAAUAGUAUAGCGCAUGUUUUUUAUGCCUAAACAUGCCUAAACAUUCCAAAUGUAAUCCACAAUCUCCUGCACUGCGGAACAUUGGAGCAAGUGCAGGAGUCUGGGGAAGCGGUAGAAGAACCUAGUACUUACCC